CUCGUUGUUCUAACUGACCCAUAAACAGACCAUAAAGCACCAACUUAAGAUUGAGCAGAUGGUGUCCAUUCAUGAUCUAAAGCACAUUAAACUGGCUUAUGAUGAGUUUGCAAAGGCUGGCAUUUAUAUGCUGGAUUAUGAAGAAUUCCAGUCUGUUGUGAAAAAAUGCCCAGGAUUGAAAUCAGUUAACGAUUGUCAAAUUCAGCAGCUAUUCAUGAAGAUCGAUUACACUGGCGAUGGCAGAAUCGAGUGGCAUGAGUUCUGCACAUACAUCUAUCUGGAGAACAAAGAGAAGGAAGAGACUGUGCGUCGCAGUAAGAUGGCAGCCUUCGUAUUACCAGCUAUCGUCAAGCCUCUAAACCGCGGGGAGCCUGUUCUGAGAAUCCACUUCCCUCCUAAUGGCACCGUUGUGACUCUUAGAGAAGAUGGGGUUGUUAGUUUCUGGACCCCCAGGCUUUAUUUGAAGAACAAGAAGAAUGUGUUUCCUGACAGAUCCAUUGGUCGAAAACCAAAAUGGGCCACUGAUUUUGUGCCAAUGCCAGAGUAUAAUAAACUCAUUAUUGGAACAGGAUCCAGAGAGAUUCAGUUUUAUGAGCUUUCCACUUUGGAGCCUUGCUGUCAGUUGAGUGUACUAGAAACUGUGCCUUUAAACCUGGAUUACUGCUCUACUGGCCCAGAUGAAUGUAUCAUUGUAUAUGGUGAUACUCAAGGCUGUGUGAACAUCCUACUAAUGAAAUCGGUCAGGGAGAAACUGAGAUUAUGGAAAAGAUUGCCGCAGGUUGACAACGUGCCAAACAUUAGCAUUGACCAUGCAGUUCAAUCUCCAGAAAUAACAUAUAUCAGAUGGAAAUUCCACCAAGACUGGGUGUCAAAGGUGAAAUAUUUUCAAAGCAUACCUGCCAUUGUAUCCUCAUCAAUGCAUGAAGACUCUGCUCUUGUUAUAGGAAGCAUUCAUCCAUCAUCCUACAUGCAAGAGCAGAUGAGAGAGAAGACAGAAGCAUGUGGAGAGGGAAAAUCUACAAAAGUGGCACAGAGGGCAACCAGCAAUCAAACUAUCUUCACCGUUCCUAAAGGAGUCACGACCUUUGACUUCUGUAAGAAUCGAAAUCUUUUGGUCACCGGUGGGAUGGACAAGCUGUUGCGCAUGUGGAUGCCAUACGUCCCUAGAAAACCAACUGGGAUUUUGAAAGGUCACACUGCCCCCGUUUCUUACCUCUGUAUCGCCUCAGAAGAUGGGCACAUUUUCUCAGUCUCCACAGACAAUACCGCAAAGAUAUGGCAUAUUAAGGAUCAGACAUGUCUGUUUACCGCACAUCCAAAAGCAAGUCAGAUCCAGGGAGAAUUAUCUGCAUGCCUCUACUCUUCAGCUGUGAAGGGGCUUUACAUUGCCUCAGAUUCCCUCGCCUUACUAUCCCUCCAGACAAAACCACAGCCUAAAGGCAAUCAGACUGUGUCCCAUAAAGAGCCAGUGUUGUGCUGCGGAUACAGUGAGGAGUUUAGGCAGGUGGUGAGCUGCUCUGAGGGCUCGGUUGUCAAAGUCUGGGAUGUGGAAACUGGUGCUCAUGUGUUUGAGUAUGGAUGUGCUCACGGAGAAUCAGCAAUUACCUGCAUGGCAUUUGACCCUAGCGGAAGGAGGCUAGUGACUGGUGGGAGAGACGGCUGUCUUAAGAUGUGGAACUUCAACAAUGGCCAGUGUGUUAAGAUUCUCUGCAGAGAUGGAAGAUGUGCGGAGAUUUGUGACUGCUCCUAUCUGACACUGCACAGGAAUGCAUUUGUGAUUUCUGUCGGUUGGGGCCGCAGGAUUGACAUUUACUUGGACUCCAAAGAGGAAACUCAGUUCAGUCAGAGACCAAAACCUUCAUGGCAGGAUGAUGUGAGAAAUGGGCACAAAGAAGAUAUCCUGUGCGUUGCUCACUGCACGCCGCAUCUUCUGGCCACUGGCAGCUACGACGGGGAGAUUAUUGUAUGGAAUGUAGUGUCUGGACGCAUACAGUGUCGCUUCCAGACCCCUCCGUCUCAAAAGAGCAAUGGUACUCAUAUUCGAAACACAAGUGUGCUGAGCCUCAUCUUCCUAAAGACAAGGGCAUUUGUUCCGGAGUUGUCCUCUUCUGCUUGGCUUAUAUCCUCAGGGUCUCAAGGUAAUGUUAAUUUCUGGAGUGUUCUGAAUGGCGGGAAGUUCAUCACAUCUUUUCAGGCUUCUCUACUUCAGCAGCAGAUUGCGAAACUAGCUUUAUCGCAGGAUGACAGCAUGCUUUUUACAGCCGAUCAUGUCGGCUUCAUCUAUGUUUACAAUGUCAAGCAAUACGCACUGGGACCUGAACAAAACCCUCCUAAAAAGGUGAACUUCUGGCGUGCGCAUAUCAGCAGCAUCACUAGCAUGAAGAUAUUUGACAAGGACCAGUUUUUGCUUACCUCCUCAUUGGACUGCUCAGUUCGGCUGUGGAGUAUCCAUGGGGAAUAUAUAGGUACGUUUGGACAAGAUGAAAGUUGGAGCAUCAACACACCAUCUUCCUGGAAGCACCCUGCUGUUCCCUACGAGAUUCUCAUAGAUCCCUUAAGUAUGCCAUCUCAUCCCGUACUGGAUAUAGAAAUCAAUCUGUCAGAUGUCUCGGACUCUGACAAAACUGAAAACGUAAACUGUGAGUUGGAUGUCCUCAUCGAGGAGACUGACCCUCCAUCAAUCCUCAACGAUAAAGAUAUCGAAGAUGGAACAAACAACUCAUGGUCUCUGUCUGAGCCUGGCAGGAGGCAACGCCAUGCAAUACUAAAACAUGGCAACAGAAUGAGUCUCAAGGACUACAACGCUUUGAAGAACUCGGACCUUAUAGUUACCCCAGCAACAUGUAAAAGACCAGAUCUUUCCCUCAGAAAUAUUGAUUCAUUCGUAUCCAACGAUGCAAAAGAGUAGUCACUUCGAAGUCAGUGAACGAUGAGGACUAGAAUGAGGCCUAAUAAAUUACAUUAUAGUGAUAUCAAAGGAGUGGAAAGUUGUUUUUUUCCAAUAGCGAUGUCCUCAUGGUUUAAAAGACAUGCAUUUUCAAUGUUUAUUUACAUUUUCAGAGUUUUUUUUUCUUUUUCCUCUGAUGCUUAAUGUUAAUUGGUUUGCAAUUCUGUCCUCAUUUACUCACCCUAAUGCCAUUACAUGCAUAAAACUGGCAUUUUUGUCUAUGAAAUAAACAUCACUAGGGUCCUAAACAUACAUUUUACAUGGUUCAUCUUUUGUGUUCCACAGAAAAAAAAAAAGUCAUAGAGGUCUGAGACAACAUGAGGAUGAAUAACUAUCCCUUUUAAGAGAUUCUUGUGAAAACUGUGGAAUAUAAAGUUAAGGUGUUUUUUAUCAUGAUUUCAAACUUGCAGCAAAAGUUUUAGGCAGGACACAAAGGAACAAACAUCAAUUCUCUGCAUCAACAAAUUCAACAAAGACAGUGGGUGCAUUUCCACCUGCACAUAUCACUGUCAGUAUGUGCUAUAAAUAAACUGAAUUUAACAUGACAUAUCCUAUUGAACGCACAGCGAAAAUAAAGUGGAACAGUCAAGCGUAAAGCAGCAGCUCUUGUACAUCCAUUUGUGAUAUUGCAAGCUUUCACUUUGUUUAGAGGCACAGUUUCAGUAUGAACUUUCUUUUAGUAAACUGUCAAUACAAUAGCUGGUAUUUUGCUGUUCUCUCUGCAUUUUUGUUGACAGCUAUUACAUAUAUUAAUUUCUUUACCUAAACCAGCCAUUAAAGCAUUUUAUUCCAUGUAUUUUUUUUAAUUUUCCUUGUUUUGUUUUUGGAACUGCUUUCAUGGUCAGACUUUUUUUGGACAGCUUUGAGACCAAACUGAAACUCUGGAGAAAAACAGAGGAUUUUUAUGGAUUUCAAGAUGCUACAUGUAGGUGACCUAAAAGUGCAAACAAGUUUUAUACAUGUAUAUUAACUUGAAAUAUAAUAAACAAAAAACAGUUUAUAUGACUGCAAUAAUGAUCCAGCAACCACGUUAUGUGCAAUCCAGCCAUACUGCGUUACCAAUAUAAUAUGCCGUUAAAUACUGGACUGGCUGUUAUUUGCUUCAUUUUGAACAAAAUCAGUAUAUUCCAUAGUCACAUUUUCUGGGCUUUUUUUGUUGCGUGGCUUUAAUGUUUUCAUCAACUCAGUCUCCUCACAAAUGUUGUUGAGUGCCGGGAGAAUUGUAGAAAAAAUAUAUGCAAUACUAUUGCAAACAAAUGCUAAUAUAAUUGAAUUCAUUAUAAAUGGGGGUUAAUAACAUGCUUUCUAAAUUAAUUAAUUUAAAAAUCCUGGUGUGUGAUUAAAAAACUAAAAUAUAAACUAAAAUCUGUAAAUUAAAUGGCAAUCAAUCGAUAAUUAAUUUUACAGAUGCUUAAAUAUAUUUAGAACUGGAUUACGAAAGAGAGAAAUGUAUCACAGU